AUGGAUAAGAUACAAUAAUUGGCUGAAAGUAGAAUCAGUCCCUUCGAAUCUCACAUUAAGGUUAUUUAAGACGAUCCUUACCUUAAACCUUAUGAGGAUGAUAUAGUAUUGAGAUUAGCAAAAUACAAAGAGCAAUUAGAAUAGUUUGACAGAAAUGAGGGUGGAUUACUUAAUAUCGCGAGAUCAUAUAACAGAUUCGGCUUGCAACUCUAGGAAAAUGGAGACAUCAUCUAUACCGAGUGGGCUCCUGCUGCUCAAAAGCUCUCACUUUUUGGAGACUUUAAUAAUUGGGAUAGAGAAGCCAACUAAGCAAUAAAGAAUGAAUUUGGCGUGUGGACAUUAACAUUAAAGGCGAAAGAAAAUGGAACUCCAGCAAUAGCUCAUAAUGAAAGAUACAAAUGCUGUAUUACUAAAGAAGAUGAAACUACAAUUGAUAAGAAUCCUGCUUGGGCAAGAUACUUGGUACAGAAUCCUUAGACUUUGCUCUUUGAUUGCGUAUUUUGGAACCCAGCUGAGAAAUACUAAUUUAAGAAUGAAAGGCCGCCAAGACCAGCGAGUGUUAAAAUCUAUGAAUCUCAUGUUGGAAUGAGUUCUAUUGAGGAGAGGGUUGCCACUUAUAGAGAAUAUGCUGAAAAGAUUUUACCUAGAAUAAAAAAUGGAGGAUAUAAUGUUAUUCAAUUAAUGGCGAUUUAAGAGCAUUCAUAUUAUGGUUCAUUUGGAUAUCAUGUCACAAAUUUCUUUGCAAUUUCCUCAAGAUCAGGAACUCCUGAAGAUCUUAAGUAUCUAAUAGACACAGCUCACGGAAUGGGAUUAAUGGUUAUCAUGGAUUGCGUACACUCUCAUGCAUCGACAAAUACAAAUGAUGGUAUUAAUCUAUUCGAUGGAACAGACCAUUGCUAUUCUCAUGCUGGAGCUAAGGGUUAUCACUCAUAGUGGGAUAGUAUGAUAUUUGACUAUUCAAAGUAUGAAGUAAAGAGAUUCCUCCUAUCAAACUUAGCCUGGUUUAUGGAUGAAUAUAAAUUUGACGGAUUCAGAAUGGAUGCAGUGACAAGCAUGCUUUACCAUCAUCAUGGAAUAAAUUAUGGAUUCUCAGGAGACUACAGAGAAUAUUUUGGACUUUAAGUUGACAUGGAUGGAGUCGUUUAGCUAAUGAUGUCAAAUGAUUUAGUACACUCGAUAUAUCCUGAUGCUAUAAUGAUUGCAGAAGAUGUAUCGGGAAUGCCUACUCUCUGCAGAAAAAUUUAAGAAGGUGGAAUAGGUUUUGAUUACAGAUUAAACAUGUAUAUUCCAGAUAUGUGGAUAAAGCUAUUGAAAGAAUGUAAAGAUGAGGAUUGGAAUAUGGGUCACAUUGCUCAUGCUAUGACUAACAGAAGAAGAUUUGAACAUUGCAUUGGUUAUGCUGAGUCUCAUGAUUAGGCUAUUGUAGGAGAUAAGACCAUAGCAAUGUGGUUAUUUGAUGCUGAUAUUUACCAUGGAAUGACUUAACUUCCAGGUCAUCAAUCAUCUCUAAGAGUUGAUAGGGGAAUGUCACUUCACAAAAUGAUAAGAUUAUUGACUUUUAGUUUAGCUGGUGAAGCUUACCUAAACUUUAUGGGCAACGAAUUUGGGCAUCCAGAGUGGAUUGAUUUCCCAAGGGAAGGCAACAACUUUAGCUAUUUCUACUGCAGGAGAAGAUGGGAUUUGGCUGAUAAUACUGAACUUAAAUUCUACUACUUGAAUGAAUUCGAUAGACAGAUGAACUAUUUGGAUGAUAAAAUCAAGUGGAAAAUAUAGGAUCACUAGUUUAGCUUUGAAGGCUAUAGAAUCGGAACUAAAUGGAGAUCUAAUCACUUAAUCCUCUUAGAUACAGAUGAGCUCCAGUAUGGAGGCCAUGACAGGCUACUGAAGGCACAUCAAAUGGCUUUCAAAACUUAAAAUCAUAAGUGGAACGAUAGACCUUAUUACUUGCAGCUGUAUAUCCCAUCAAGAACUGGUAUGGUUCUGAUUAGUGAGGAAAAUGCUGAGAAAUACGAUAUCGUCAUUCCAGACUACAUUGAAUAAGAUCUUCCUGAAGAAGACAUUAUUGCUGACUCAGAACUGAUUAACGCUGAUGAGCAGAAUAUUGAUUAGAAUUUAGAGAUAGCAGAAUUAACCUAAGAUGAUGUAGCAGUGUUAAUUGAAGCUGAAUUCUAGAAGUUAUAGGAAAGUAAUUUGAGUGAGGAUGAGAAAAUUAACUAACUUAUUGGGGAUGUGGAUUAACUAAUGACCUAGCAUUUCCAAGUCAGCUCUAGUGAUGUGAUAAAGCCUGGGCAAUAACUAUUAUGA